AUGCCUGCACCCACCACGGUCAACAAUAUCAGCGGCGCGUCGCGGAAGCGCAGUCGACGCGAAGAGGCUGCUGCCUCCGACGACGACGCCGACGAGGAUGAGCUCGUGGAUGUUCGCCAGGCAAGCUCCCAGUUGCGUAGUGAGCCACAGAGGAAACGUGCCCGUGUCUCGGAGCCAUCCAGCGCCCACAAGAAGGCUGCACAGCCCAGGGUUGGAGGUAGAGCCAUCCGCGAACUUUCGGAUGCGUCCAGUGAGGAGGACCGCGAUGUCCCGAUGGAGGAGGCUGCGGAUCGCUACGAUGAACCAGCGGCUACGCAAUACGAGAUCAUGCGAGACGCAGGCUUCAAGCACCUGGAACAUGCCGAUGAGGAUGACCGACGCGCCACCCAGAGGCUGCAGCAGAAGAGCCUGGCUCGUCGAAGCAACCGCCCCGGGGACCUUAACCACGCGGCUGAGAACGGUAUCCUCGAGAGCAUCGACUGCAUCAACUUCAUGUGCCAUAAGAGGCUACACGUCGAGCUUGGUCCACUCCUCAACUUCAUUGUUGGUGAGAACGGCAGCGGCAAGAGCGCCGUCCUCACCGCCAUCACCCUCUGCCUCGGCGCCAAGGCGAGCUCCACGAACCGUGGCGGAAGCUUGAAAAAUUUCAUCAAGGAAGGAGCAGACAGCUCCGUGUUGAUUGUGAAGAUCAAGAACCAGGGCCAUGAUGCAUAUCAACGCGAUACGUACGGCGACUCCAUCAUCGUCGAACGACACUUCAAUCGCAACGGUAGCAGCGGCUUCCGCCUCAAAUCCCAGACGGGCAAGACCGUAUCAGACAAGAAGUCUGAGGUGGAGCAGAUCGUUGAAUACUAUUGUCUUCAGGUCGACAACCCAUUGAACAUUCUUUCCCAGGACAACGCGCGGCAGUUCUUGAACCAGGCAUCUGCCAAGCAAAAAUACAAGUUCUUCCUUCAAGGCGUCCAACUGCAACAGCUUGAUGACGAUUAUCGCGUCAUUGAAGAGUACGCGACCUCAAACGAACACAAGGAGGGUGACCUCGAGACCAAGCUUGACCACGCGCAAAAGGAGUAUGACAAGUCAAGAAGGGAGUACGAGAUCUAUUUGCAAGCCGAGGGCAUGCGCAGCGAGGCACGGCUGCUAUCUCAGAAGGCAAUCUGGGCCCAGGUGGUCGAAGCCGAGCGCGAGACUGAGCGGAAUGAACAGAGAAUUGCCCAAGCCGACGGGCAGGCCGCGGACGCACAGCAUGUGCUCACGCAGAGGACCCAGGAGCUAGAGGUCGUCGAUGAUCGGGUUACACAGGCGCAGGAAGCUCUGAGGGGCACCAGGGAAGAUGAGGAGCUCCUGAAAGGCAACGUGGAAAAAGCCCAACAGAACUAUGAUGAUGCUCAUAAGGACCUCCAGAAAAUCCACAAUGAUGAGCGUGAUGCACGCUCUCGCGGACAAGUCGCAUUGAAUAGCGUCAAGGAGUAUGAGAAGAAAAUACAGGAGGAAGAACAACGACUGCAGGACCUGAACGGCGACGCACAUUCUCGGAAAAUCGAAGAAUUGGAGGCGGCCCAGGCCAGGUACCAAGAAGUCGAGACGGAGUCCGAGAAUGCGAGACAGAGCGUUCCUGGUAUCAACCAGACCCUAGCGGCCGCAAACAAGGAGUUCCAAACCAUCGACAAGUUCAUCGAACAGAAGCGAGGCGAUAUCAAAGCGACCCAGAACAGGAUCAAGGAGCUAGAGCGAGGUCAAGGAUCGCCGUACGAUGCAUAUGAACAACAAGUGCCGAAUCUGCUCAGGAUGAUCGAACACGACGCGGGGUUUGAUCACAAGCCUAUAGGACCCAUCGGUGCACACGUUCAGGUCAAGAAGCCCGUCUGGUCACCAAUCUUGGAGAGGACAUUCGGAGAGACGCUGAACGGCUUCAUUGUCACGAGCAAGCGCGACCAACAGCGGCUCAGAGACAUGAUGAAGGGUUUGCAGCUGACCAGGUGCCCCAUCUUCAUCGCCAACAACAGACCGAUCGACACCUCGAGGACAGAGCCUGACGAGAACUUUGACACUAUUUUACGAAUCCUCAAGGUUGACAACCCACUCAUUCGAUCCCAACUCAUCAUCAAUCACCGUAUUGAACAAACCAUACUUGUCGAGACAAAGCAAGAUGCCGAUCGCAUCAUGGUGGUUGGCGCUGCGCCGCCACGCAACGUCGCUGCCUGCAUUCACCUCUUCAAGGAGAGGGGAUUCGGAUGGGGUGUGCGUGUUGUUGCUACGGCAAACAGGAUCAACUCCUCCCCAAUUCGCCCUCCAGACCGAAACCAGAAGCCUCGUCUGCGGAGUGACUUGCUCCAAGAGACAUCUGUUCAGAACGAGAAAAUGAAGCAUCUUGAGUCGGAGCUGAGUGAACUCGCGAAUCAGAAGCGGGAGCAGCAGCAGCAAAUCCAGCAGUGCCGGCGAGAAUUAGCAGAAGCUAAGAAGACCGUGGAGCAGAACAAACAGAGGUCGCGGGAGAUCAAGGUAGAAAUCGACGAAAUCCAACAGGACCUUGACUCCUUUGACGGAGCGGAUGGGCGGCUAGAGAUACUUCGCGAGGACCUGAACAAAUCUCAAGAUGACUACGAAUUCCACGGCGGUCAAUACGGCGCUCUUACCCUGAGAAAGACGGAGCAGAAUGGCCGGGUGGAGGAACUCAAGACAGUCCUGAAGAACGAGAAAAAGAGCCUGAAGGAAUUUGAGGCGAGACUGAAGAAGGCCGAGGACAAAGUCAAGAGGUGCACCGACUCACGCAGCAUCUCGGUGCAGAAGAAAAACGAGGCCCAUGACAAUCUACAAAUGGCGCAAAACGAGAAGAGGAGGCUGGAAGGCAAGCGACCGAGACUGGAGGAAACAGUCCGCGAGUAUACCGCGGCAGCAGCAUCGGCGUGUCCCCAGCGGGUCCACGUAGGCGAGGGCGAGACUUACGAAGCCUUGCUGACCAAGUACGAGUCUUUGACGAGGACCCUGAAAGAGCGCGAGCGCAGGCGCGGUACGACCGACGACCAGGUGAUACAUCGAGCGAACAUGGCCAAGGCAGAUCUGGAGCAACUCAAGAAGGAGAUCGAGCUGGUCAGGUCGGCCAACCAGGGAUUCAAAGCCCUCCUCGGCAAUCGGCUGGAGAAGUGGAGGAUGUUCCAACGCUACAUCUCUUCGAAUUCCCGCGCCAACUUCAUGUUCUUGCUCAGCGAGCGUGAUUUUAGGGGCAGGCUCAUUCUGAACCACGAGGCCCACACUCUCGAGGUACAGGUCGAGCCUGAUAAAACCCGCAAGAAUGCUGCCGCUCGCAACACCAAAACGUUGUCCGGGGGCGAGAAGUCUUUCUCGUCAAUCUGCUUGCUGCUCGCGAUAUGGGAAGCCAUGGGCUCCCCCCUCCGCUGUCUGGACGAGUUCGACGUCUUCAUGGACAAUGUCAACCGUGCCAUCAGCACGAACAUGCUGAUUUCCGCUGCGCGCAGUUCGAUUAGUCGACAGUACAUACUGAUCACGCCCAACGCCAUCGAGGGGCGGGCGAGUUUGGACAGGGACGUGAAAGUCACCAGAUUGACCGACCCUCGUCAAAGGCGACUUGCAGACCCUUAG